ACCAAAUAGUAAACCUAAGUAUCGUCUUUUACUGCAGCCAUGCCGCCAUUCAAAUCCGUAUCGAAAGCACUGCCUCGCAUCGCGUCCCGGCCAAAUUUACUCCACAACAAAUCACCAGUCUCUUCCGAUUACAAUCUGAUCAGGUCUCUGAGCAGCGUUGCUUCGAACCGAGCAUUCUCUUCAGCCGGUUUCGGCGGGAUUUGCAAACCGUCGGGUGCUGAAUUCGCGGCGAGGGGUGGUUACGCAGUUUUUCAAAGAAGAGGUAUAUUUGGAUUCGGCGGUGACGGAGACUUGAAUACGUUAUCAAGAAAACAUGAAGAGAGACAAGUCGUCGGGUAUUCACCCAAGCAGGUGUUUGAUGUGGUUGCUGCUGUAGACCUGUAUGAAGAUUUCCUUCCAUGGUGUCAGCGCUCAGAAAUAAUUCGCCGCCAUCCUGAUGGAAAUUUUGAUGCUGAGCUACAAAUUGGAUACAAGUGUUUUAUCGAAAGCUACAUGUCUCAAGUUCACCUUGACAAGCCUAACUCUAUCAAGACAACUUCGUCUAAGAAUAGCCUUUUUAGGCAUUUGAACAAUGUCUGGGAGUUUCAUCCCGGCCCUGUUCCAGGGAGCUGUGAGAUCCACUUCUUGGUGGAUUUUAAGUUGCGGUCGCCACUAUAUUGUCAGAUUGUAAAUGUGUCGUUGAAGGAGGUUGUGUCCCGGCUGGUGAGGUCAUUCGAGGACCGAUGUCGACAAAUCUACGGACCCGGUGUGCCGGUUCAUAAGAAAAAGUACGGACAGCAGUGAAUGUAAGAAUUUACACACCAUGCAUUGAUGGUAUUUUUGAAUGGAGCCUUUCCUACACAGGAAGGAUGCUCCAAUAUUUUUUGAUUUUUUUUUUUUUCAGUUAGUAGGAGAGAUUAGUAGCUUUUAGCCAUUUUUUGGACACAAAAAUCUCUUUUUGCAUUUAAGAUUCAUUCUUUUAAACGUGUGUGUAUAUAUAAUGGGACUUAUUAGUCUAUCAUUAUCAUUACCAUGUGCUCUGAUUUAUAUAUUAUACUCCUUUAGUUAUAUUUAGCCUAUUUAGACUUCAAAUGAAUAUUUUAUUAAAAAUGUAAAAAUAAAUAAAAAAUAUUAAUUAGAAUUAUUUUUAAAAAUUUAAUUAAUAAUUAAAAAUAUAAUAAUAAUAAAAAAUGUACACUAAUAAAGUUAGUGAUAUAUUGAAGUCUUGAAGUAAAGAGUAUAAUUAAUAUUGUCUCCGUCUUAGUAAGAGUAUUUGUAACCUAGGUAUAAGUAGUACAAUUGAAAAUUGAUACCGGAAUAAAAUGAAUACACGUUAGGGAGUAUAAAUUUUUUUAUUACACCCAAAAUGGCAGUGCACUAUCUUAUUAGCAAUUAAUUUACACAUAAUUUUAUUUUUAUAUUAAAUAUUUUUUUAGUUAAUAGCACAUUUUUA